AUGGAAAAUGAUACGGAUCUUUCGGUUCCCGACAGCACUGAUCAGUCUUCUGCGAGAAACGCUCCAAAAAGUUUGGUAGUCUGUGUAGCUCCUGAACCAGACUGGCAAGAAUGUUUCGAAAGAGAACAGUUAAUGAAUAUCAUCCGAGAUACCGAGAAAAAAUUUGAUGAUGAAUACAAGAGCAGAACACACACCCCGGAAGAAGUGGAGCAGUCUAAAUGCAUGUAUUUCGAGGCUCAACAAGAAUUUGGAUAUCAUGUGGAGACUUGGCCACCCAUACCAGUGUCGUCCACUUUGGAAAUAUCGGACGAUGAGGGCGAACGAUGGAGUUAUCUUGUAAGCAGAAUAACUGAUUUCAAAACAAGAGAACGUCUCUGCAAAAAGGACUGUAAUGAUACUGUACUUGUCGUCGUCGACAGCGAGGACAUUUUGCUGAAAGUGGCAAAUGACGCUGUGCUAUCGCCAUAUAUUGCUGUAAUAAAAUCAGAAGAUGACAUGACACCGCGUGUUACCAGUCGUUUGAAGCCCGCAAUGUUGCCAUCCUUGGAGGGCGUUGUUUACGUGUGCACUUUGAAAACGUUGACCUGCUCCAAAUCAAAGCUGAUGCCGUUUGCAAAACUUUGCAUCUUUCACAAAAUCAACGAUGUUGUUGCAUUCAAAAGUAUUGUAGCUGAACGUACUGAAAUCUCUCGACUUGCGAAAAUGACUUCAACCAUCUGGGCUCCGUUCAACAUAUUUGAUAAGCCAGAAAUAGUUGAGUGUGCUGCGAUGUUGCUUGGUGCUCGUGCAGAAACCUGUGACAAAUCGUUCCUGGAUUUUGUUGAAAAACACUGCUGGAAUCAAAAAUCAAACGAGCGAGCUGCAUAUUCAGCUUGGGCUGACAGAGUGGUUGAUAACAAUUCGAGAAAGAAUGAAGAAGUUGAGGAGAUUAUUGGGAUUCGCGUCGAGUUUUGGUGGAACAAUGAUUUAACGGUGGCUAACGUGAAACGAUUUGUGGAACCGACUAAGGAAGGCCCAUUUGACGUUGCACGUCCGUGGAUUGUUGAGCAAGCCGAACGUUGA